CUUUUUUUUCUUCUUCUUCUUUCACCUUUUCUGCAUCUCUCACUCUUACAUACCACCUCAUUUCGCCCCUUCACUUUUUUGAGGACUCCCUCGUCUCAUCGCUCAUCCUUUCUCUUUCAUUUCUUGUAAUUCAGCAUCUUCAUUUAGACAUAAAAAAAAAUGCCAGCUGCCGCUGCCCAACAAAAAAACACCAAGAGCGACGUUGAGACCCUGAAACUGACUGCCAAGGCAGUUGGUGGCUCUCCAAGCGAGGUUGAGACCAAGAAAGCAAAGGAUCUUUUCUCCAAGCUGACAGCAGCCUCCGAUGCUGAUCGCGAGUCUGUCGCCGAAGAACUCGCUGAUUUUGUCAACUCUCAUGGCGUCCAAUCUCUUAAACAAUUCAAUGUUCUUGAGGCCAUUUCAAAGGAUAUUAGCAACAAGAAGAACGCGGGUGCUCGCCACUCUGCCGUCGCCGCCAUCAAGGCUCUCACGAACAAGAGUAUUGACGGCCAAGUGGAGCCCUACAUUUUGCCCUACCUAAAGAACCUGCUGGAGCUUCAGGCAGAAAAGCAGGCAGUCAUCAAGACCGCCGCUGCCGAUGCUGCCAAGAACCUGGCCCACAAGGUCAAUGCCAACGCCACUGCCGUGCUCAUUCCUUUCAUUUUGGAAGGCUUGGGCAACUCGUGCAAGUGGCAAACCAAGAUGCUCUCCCUGGCGCUUUUGGAUGAGCUCGUCAAGACCAACCCUGAGCAGUUUGUGUGGGUCAUUCCCGAUGUGAUCCCCACCGUUUCAGACUGCAUGUGGGACACCAAGGCUGACGUCAAGAAGGCCGCCACAGCCACCAUGGGUAACAUUUGCGGCUUGGUGAACAACAAGGAUAUUGAGCGCUUUAUCCCUGCCGUCAUUGCAUGCAUCAACAAGCCUGAGAAUGUGCCCGAGACCAUUCACUUGCUCGGUGCUACUACCUUUGUGCAGGAAGUCGAUUCCGCCACCCUGUCCAUCAUGGUGCCUCUUCUCAGCCGUGGUUUGAACGAACGUGCCACGCCCAUCAAGCGCAAGUCUGCUCUCAUCAUUGAUAACAUGUGCAAGCUCGUCGAUGAUCCCGAAGUCGCCGCUCCAUUCUUGCCACUUUUGCUGCCCGCUUUGCAGAAGAUCCAGGAUGUUGUUGCCGACCCCGAGUGCCGUGGUGUCGUCGAAAAGGCCCAAGCCACGUUGGCCCGUGUGGGUACCUCGUCGCACGAAAUCUACACCAAGGCUGACAAGGCCGACAAGGUCAACAAGUCAUUCAAUGAACUGUUGCCGGCCAAGAUGGACCGUUUCUUUGAACCCACUACCAAGUUCGUCUGCGACGUGGCCUUGUCGCUCUGUGUUGCCAAGAACUUCUUCAAGGAUGUCUGGAUCCAGUCACUCACGCCCUACAUCAAAGCCUUCCUCUCUGGUGCUGACGCCGAGUUGCUCGUCUCCAAGGCUCUCGACAAGUGCGAGGAGGCUGUCACACCCAAGGACCCUGAGGAAGAUGACGAAGAGGGUGAGGAUCUCUGCAACUGUGAGUUCUCGCUCGCCUAUGGUGCCAAGAUCUUGCUGAACCGGACCGCGCUGCGUCUCAAGCGUGGUCGUCGCUAUGGUUUGUGCGGCCACAAUGGCUGUGGCAAGUCGACUCUCAUGCGUGCCAUUGCCAACGAGCAAGUAGACGGUUUCCCACCAAAGUCUGAGCUCAAGACGGUCUAUGUCGAGCAUGACAUUGAUGGGUCUGAGGCUGAUACUCCUUUGGUCGACUUCAUCAUUCAGUCCGAUGGUGUCGAGACCAAGGACCGCGACCAGGUUGCCAAGAUUUUGCGCGACUACGGUUUCUCUGAGGAGAUGGUCACCUCCAUGGCCAUUGGUUCGCUCUCUGGUGGUUGGAAGAUGAAGCUCGCUCUUGCCCGUGCCAUGUUGAUGAACGCCGAUAUCCUGCUCUUGGACGAACCUACCAACCAUUUGGACGUUGUCAACGUCGCUUGGUUGGAGAACUACCUGCUUGGCUUGAAGACAGUCACCUCCAUCAUUGUGUCCCACGACUCUGGUUUCUUGGACCAUGUCUGCUCCGACAUCAUUCACUAUGAAAAGAACUACAAGCUCAAGCGUUACAAAGGUAACCUGUCCGAAUUCGUCAAGAAGGUUCCCAGUGCUGCCGCCUACUACUCGUUGGACGCUUCCGAGCUCGCCUUCCGUUUCCCCGAGCCUGGCUACCUCGAAGGUAUCAAGACCAAGGAACGUGCCAUCUUGAAGAUGAAGAACGUCGAUUUCCAAUACCCGGGUACCCAGAAGAAGCAGCUCAAAAACAUCACCAUGCAAUGCUCAUUGGCUUCGCGUGUCGCCGUCAUUGGCCCCAACGGUGCCGGCAAGUCUACCUUGAUCAGGCUGCUGACCGGUGAAAUGGAGGCCGAAAUCGGUACUGUCUGGAAGCAUCCCAACUUGCGCAUUGCAUACGUCGCCCAGCAUGCUUUCCAUCACAUUGAGAAGCACUUGGACAGCACUCCCAACGAGUAUAUCCAAUGGCGUUACGCUACCGGUGAAGAUCGUGAAGAGUUGGACAAGGUCGACCGUGUCAUCACUGCCGACGAGGAAAAGCAAAUGAACCAAGUUUUCGUGAUCGAAGGCGAGAAGCGCAUUGUUGAAGAUAUCGUCAGCCGUCGCAAGCUCAAGCAGUCCUACGAAUACGAAGUCUCAUGGAAGGGCAAGUCUUCGGUCGAAAACACCUGGAUCUCCCGUCAGCGCCUCGAACAAAUGGGCUUUGGCAAAAAGAUUGCCGAAGUCGACGCUCUAGAAGCCGCCAAGCUGGGUCUUAACCGUCCGUUGACGUCCAAGGAAAUCGAAAAGCACUUGACUGAAGUUGGUUUAGAGCCCGAGUUUGCUACUCACUCGCGCAUCCGUGGUUUGUCCGGUGGUCAAAAGGUCAAGCUCGUCAUUGGUGCUGCCAUGUGGAACCGCCCUCACAUGCUUGUUCUGGACGAACCUACCAACUACUUGGAUCGUGACUCGCUCGGUGCUUUGGCUGGUGCCAUCAAGGAAUAUGGUGGUGGUGUCGUUAUUGUUACCCACAACCGACAGUUUUCUGAAGCACUCUGCUCUGAAGUCUGGAAGGUCGACGAUGGUAAUCUGGUUGCUUCAGGUCACAACUGGGUGUCUGGCAAUGGUGCAACUGCCAUCAAGGAACAAGAAGCCGAAGACAUGGUCGACGCUCAGGGUAAUACUGUCAAGGCCGUCAAGAAGAAAGAAAAGCUUAGCUCCAAGGAACUCCGAAAGAAGAAGAAGGAGCGCAUGGAGCGACGCAAGCGUGGCGAAGAAGUAUUCUCUGACGAAGACGAUUGGUAAAG